AUGAUCUACAUCACCGAACUAGGAAGUGACAAUUACAUUGUCGUGCUCGACCAACUCUCCACCUCAUCCCACAUCAUGGAGCCCAUAUCUCGAUCGGUGUUGCGCGCGGUGCGCUCCCGCCCUUUGCGAUCCGGUAUAAGAACAGCAACCCAGAGCAUAUCAUCACAUCCACCAUUCCCGUCAAGAAACGAUGCGAACCCUCCUCGACCACCCAGUGCAGCAAUGCCAAUGCCCUUCGUCACAGAAACGGUGGGAGGCGGUUACCACACCUACGACAUCUUCUCACGACUGCUCCGCGAACGGGUAAUCUGUCUGAAUGGCGAGAUAGACGAGGCCACUUCCGCCAGCAUAGUCGCUCAAUUACUCGUAUGCGAAGGCGACGAUCCUUCAAAGAACAUCAAUCUAUAUAUCAACAGCCCAGGCGGUAGCGUUACGGCAGGGUUGGCGAUCUACGAUACCAUGCAGUACAUUCGAGCACCCGUCACGACGAUAUGUCUCGGUCAAGCGGCAUCGAUGGGCAGUCUGCUGUUGUGUGGAGGAAGUAAGGGGAGCAGGUUCUGUCUUCCACAUGCAAGGAUAAUGGUGCAUCAAGUGAGUGGAGGAUAUCAAGGUCAGGCGAGCGAUAUCACGAUACACGCAAAGGAGAUUUUGAGGGUGCGGGACCAGUUGAAUAAGAUCUACAAGAAGCACCUAACGAAGGACCAUUCGAUUGAGGAUAUCGAGAAGAUCAUGGAGAGGGACUUCUUCAUGGGGGCGGAGGAGGCGUUGGAGUGGGGGAUCAUCGAUAAGGUGUUGCAGCCUAGGAGUAGUUGA